AUGGAGUGGUCGUACGAUGGGGUGCGUCUUGUCUCAGGAUCUCGGGAAGAUAUAGACGAUGAGAAUAUAUGCCCACUUUGUGACUGCCUGGAAGACAUCCUAGUCGAAAGCACGGUUACAGGAUGCUGUGCUACUAACAACAGUUAUGGUCUCAAACAGGGUGAUUUCCAUAGACCAGGGACCCAGAAAGUACUUUUCCACGAAGCUUGCCCUCGGUGUCCUGAUACACUCGAGGAUGAUCUCUGCCCUAGAUGCAAACACAUGAGACUCAGGCACCUGAUACAGUGUUUACUGCUAAAUGAAUCUGAGUCUGACAUUGCACAAGAUGCGCUACAUGGCUGGAUUCCGAACAGACUGGACGAUAUCUAUCUAAGUUUAGGAUCUAUCCAAGAUUUAGAAGAACAUUCCCAUUACUGCAACACCUGCCGCAUUACAAUCGGGGGUGUCAGAUGCAGUUUUGGGAUGUCUUUGCAGCUGAAAAGCUCGCAGGAAAGAUUGAAGAGUGACACGUCAUCAUCCCAUGAGAUGUUCAAAAACUGGUUUAUCGAUCGCAAGUACUUUCUUGGGACAAUAGAGCCUAUCAGUGGCCAAGACCUUGUCUCUAAACCUUUACCCCAACAAACGGUCGACUGGCAGAAGGUUUCCGAGUGGAUACGGUAUUGUCAUGACUCUGCUGAGCACAAGAAUCCUUGCCAGAGGAAGCCUGCUGCCUCACACAUAACUGGGCUUCGUGUUAUUGACACCAGACAACGGUGCAUUACAAUUGCCCCAGUGACAUGUCGGUAUGCAGCUCUGAGCUAUGUGUGGGGAGCCACGAGCACUCGCUUGCAGGCAACGACGAAGAAUAUAGAGCAAUUGGCUAUGGAAGGCUUUCUAGAAAGCAAGAUUCUACCGCAAACCAUCGAUGAUGCCAUUGUUGCUUGUAGGAGACUGGCGAUAGAAUAUCUCUGGGUUGAUUGCCUUUGCAUAUUGCAGGAUGAUGAUCCUGACAGGAAAGCUUACUGGCUCAAUUCUAUGGGCGAUAUAUAUGCACAGUCAUACAUAACUAUUGUCGCCUUGGCUGGAGAUGAUGCGAAACACGGUAUUCCUGGAGUAAACAUGGGCUGGACGUUCCAAGAGGGGAGGCUCGCAACACGACAGGUUCUAUUCUCCGACACAAGCGUAUUUUAUAAAUGUUCCCACCACAGAGCUAUGCACGAUGAGUUAUACGGUUACUCGGAAGAAGGUUCUAAAGAAAGGACUGCAUCAAGUUCAUAUGAGACGGCGGUGGAAGAGUUUACCAAGAGGGAACUAACCUGGGAAGGUGAUAUUCUUCGCGCAUUCGCAGGCGUUCUACAAACGGAAUGGGGACCCGACAAUUCUUAUGGCAUACCCCUGAAUAUGUUCUGUAAUGCAAUUCUCUGGACUUCCAGGGGCGGAACGUAUCCCACGAGACUUGCAACUUCUGGUGACGUUUUUCCCACCUGGUCAUGGUCUUCUAUUAAAAACCAAAUCGAGUUUAAAUCAGCAAGAUACGACAGGGCUCUCUGGGAAAAGUUCCGAGGAUCCCUAGCAAUAUGGGCGAUACCCUCUAGGUUGACUCGAAGACCGGCUCUCCGGGUCGUUGCAAAUACUCUGGGGGAAUCAGAGGGAUUCGACGAACUGGAUGAGCUGAAGUCUCUCAACUGGAGAGAUGAGGAAAACAUACCCGAAGACAUGAAAGAGUUCAUAUUGGCACGACUUGCCGUUGUGAUGGCCUGGAAGCGGGGGUGUUUCUCGGGGGCUCUGCCAAAGAUACUGAACACUACAACCACAUGGAAGGAAUACGAAAAUAUUGUUGGCCAAUGGAGAUCCCUUGCGCAGCUUUGUGAUGAAGCUCAUGGAAUGCCAAGGGGUAGUAUGUCUAAGCAAGAUAUGGACGCGCGAUUUCCGUUGAGCAUGCGUCAAGAUUGUCCUUUCGGAUCCAUCUUUGUUUAUACUCAAUCACUUGACCUCAACCCGCUCAAGAUGAGCGCAAAGCAUCGAAUCAACCAUGCUCACCAACGGGAAACUGCUGUUCAAUUCAAUUUGCUCGCACUCUCUGUCACCCCUCAUAAUCGAAUGGACGUUGCAUGCGUGGCACCAGAGAAAGGAGACUUCUGGUAUGAUUCUGCAGGAGAAGGAUUGUGUGAUACUACGCCCGAAUCUUUCGGCGUUGAGCUGAUGAUCGUUGAGACGGAAAACGGAAUUAGUCGUCGCGUUGGACUGGCAUGGGCCAUUUUAAAACAUUGGAUCAACCAGAACCCCCAGUUUCGUACAUUUCACCUUGUAUAG